AUGGCAUUCACACCCCGUGGACGAGGAGGCCCCCCUCGCGGUGGUCGCGGUGGCUUUGGAGCCCGUGGUGGCGGUGGUGGUGGUCGUGGUGGUGGACGAGGUGGCGGUGCUCCCCGGGGCCGAGGUGGUGCGCGCGGAGGCCGUGGUGCUCCUAGAGGAGGUCGUGGUGGUGGUCGUGGUGGUGCCAAGGGAGGUCAAAAAGUCAUUAUCGAACCCCAUCGUCACGCCGGUAUCUUCAUUGCUCGUGGCGGAAAGGAAGAUUUGCUCGUCACCAAGAACUUGACUCCUGGAGAUUCGGUCUAUGGUGAGAAGCGAAUUGCUGUCGAGUCCCCUGCUGAGGGUGAUGCUCCUGCCGUUAAGACUGAAUACCGUGUUUGGAACCCUUUCCGGAGUAAGCUUGCUGCUGGUGUGCUCGGUGGUUUGGAUAAGAUCUAUAUAAAGCCUGGAUCAAAAGUUCUGUACUUGGGUGCUGCUUCCGGUACCAGUGUUUCCCACGUCGCAGAUUUGGUCGGCCCAACAGGAACUGUUUACGCCGUUGAAUUCUCCCACCGCUCCGGUCGUGAUUUGAUCGGCAUGGCAACAAAACGCACAAACGUCAUUCCCAUUGUUGAGGACGCUCGUCACCCCAUGAAAUACAGACUUCUCGUGCCCAUGGUCGACGUCAUCUUCGCCGACGUUGCUCAACCCGAUCAGGCCCGUAUCGUGGGUCUUAAUGCACACAUGUUCCUCAAGAAUGAGGGUGGCGUUUUGAUCAGUAUCAAAGCCAGCUGUAUCGACAGCACGGCCCAGCCGGAGGUCGUCUUUGCUAAUGAAGUUGAGCGUCUCAGAGUUGAGAAGAUUAAGCCGAAAGAACAACUUACAUUGGAACCCUUCGAGCGUGACCACUGUAUCGUGGCAGGUCUUUACAUGCGUUCUCAGUAA